CCGGGCGGGGCCGGGGGGCGGGGCGUCGCGGUGUCCCCGCCCCCGGCGCGGCGCGGCGCGGCCCCGGUGCUGCCUGCGCUGCGCUGGGCUCGGUCGGCUCCGCUGCGCCGCCCCCGCCGCUGCGCGUAGCCCGCUUUGUGCCGGCAGCCGCCGCGCGACGGCCGCAAGGUCCUGGAGCCAGAGACGUUGGAUAGACGCUCUGCUUGCUGAGGCGAAAAGCAUCCCUGCUCCUCGGGAAACCACGGGAUUCACCUGCCGGGGAAGGCCGGAGAGACGCGUACGCGCUUCCGAAAGGCGAGACGAGCAGAUGUGAGGCACGCAGAGGUAGUUAGCUGCUCUCCUCUCUGGCUCCUUGUAAUCAGUUUGAUGCAGCAAACGCUUGAUAGCCAUGGAAGAGUUAAUAGUUGAGCUGCGUCUGUUUCUUGAACUUCUGGACCAUGAAUAUCUAACUUCUACUGUCAGGGAGAAGAAGGCGGUAAUAACUAACAUCCUCCUGAGGAUACAGGCAUCAAAAGGUUUUGAGAUAAAAGAACAUGUCCAGAAACAGGAAGUCGCCAACAGUUUGCCUGCGCCGCCUCAGAUGCCUCUACCAGAAAUACCUCAGCAGUGGCUGCCACCAGAUAGUGGGCCUCCACCAUUACCAACAUCAUCCCUUCCAGAAGGCUAUUAUGAAGAGGCAGUGCCGCUUAGUCCUGGAAAGGCUCCUGAGUAUAUCACUUCCAAUUAUGACUCGGAUGCUAUGAGCAGCUCUUACGAAUCCUAUGAUGAAGAGGAGGAGGAUGGAAAAGGGAAAAAAAUGAGACAUCAGUGGCCUUCUGAGGAGGCCUCUAUGGAUCUAGUGAAGGAUGCCAAAAUCUGUGCCUUCCUCCUUAGAAAGAAACGAUUUGGGCAAUGGACAAAACUACUGUGUGUUAUCAAAGAAAACAAACUACUGUGUUAUAAAAGUUCCAAGGACCAGCAACCUCAGAUGGAGCUGCUGUUGAAUGACUGCAGUAUCACAUACAUUCCCAAAGACAGCAAAAAGAAGAAGCAUGAGCUGAAAAUCACUCACCAAGGAGCGGAUGCGCUGGUUCUAGCAGUACAGAGCAAAGAGCAGGCGGAACAGUGGCUAAAGGUUAUAAAAGAUGUGUGCAGCAACUGCACUGGAGCUGUGGACUCGGAUGGGCCGUUAUCUAGUUCUCCGGUGCACAAGACAGAACUGGAAAAGAAGUUGUCGUCUGAGAGGCCAAGCUCGGAUGGGGAAGGUGCUGUGGAAAACGGCAUCACGACGGUGUGCAAUGGCAAAGAACAAGUGAAAAGGAAAAAAAGUUCGAAGUCAGAGGCCAAGGGCACGGUGACCAAAGUAACAGGGAAAAAAAUAACGAAGAUCAUUGGUUUAGGAAAGAAAAAACCAUCAACAGAUGAACAGACCUCAUCAGCUGAGGAAGAUGUUCCUACAUGUGGAUAUCUCAACGUGCUCUCAAAUAACCGCUGGCGUGAGCGCUGGUGCAGAGUGAAAGACAAUAAGCUCAUUUUCCACAAGGACAGGACCGACCUGAAGACCCACAUAGUUUCCAUCCCACUCCGCGGCUGCGAGGUCAUUCCCGGGCUGGACUCCAAGCAUCCCCUGACCUUCCGGCUGCUUCGAAACGGCCAGGAGGUCGCCGUGCUCGAGGCGUCAUCGUCUGAAGACAUGGGCAGAUGGAUUGGAAUUUUGCUGGCUGAAACUGGGUCUUCCACAGACCCCGGAGCCCUGCACUACGACUACAUCGACGUGGAAAUGACUGCGAGCGUCAUCCAGGCUGCAAAGCAGACCUUCUGUUUUAUGAACAGGCGAGUUAUAUCUACAAAUCCGUAUCGGGGAAGCACUGCCAAUGGCUACGCAUGUCCAAGUGGAAUGGCACUUCAUUACGAUGAUGUUCCCUGCAUAAAUGGAUCGUUUAAAGGCAAGAAACCUCCUGCAACUGCUAAUGGGAUCACAGGAAAAGGGAGAACUUUAAAUAGCCAACCGAAGAAAUCUGAAUCAGUGUCAUGCGUGAAGCGCACAGCGUCCAAUGCCGAGCAGUACAAAUACGGCAAGAACCGUGUGGAGGCAGAUGCAAAGCGGUUACAAAGCAAAGAGGAGGAAUUGCUAAAAAGGAAAGAGGCCCUCCGGAAUCGGCUGGCCCAGCUCCGAAAGGAAAGGAAGGAUCUCCGAGCUGCCAUCGAAGUCAAUGCUGGCAGGAAGACUCAAGUGAUUCUCGAAGAUAAGUUGAAGAAGCUGGAGGAGGAAUGUAAGCAGAAGGAGGCCGAGCGCGUAAACCUGGAGCUGGAGCUGACGGAGGUGAAGGAGAGCCUGAAGAAAGCCUUGGCGGGCGGCAUCACGCUGGGCUUGGCUAUCGAGCCCAAAUCAGGAACAUCAAGCCCACAGUCCCCAAUUUUCAAGCACCGAACUUUGGAAAACUCGCCCAUCUCCAGCUGUGACACUAGUGAUACUGAAUGCUCAAUACCUGUGAACAGUGCGGCAGCUCUGAAACGACCUCCCUCGUCAAAUAAUUCUCCAUGUCGAGGCCACGUACUCCGAAAAGCAAAGGAAUGGGAGAUGAAAAACGGAACAUAAGUAUAGCAAAACCACUCACUUUCCAUAAAGGCCUUACCUAUUAUGGACCAAGACACAGGCUGCAAAAAGACUCAUCUGUAACGUGGUAUCGAGUGAUACAACAUAAGAGGUUUUACAAUUCUGUUAAGUUAAUGGUAGCUUGGCCCUCAUUUGCCUGUAUUCCCUCUACUGUAUUGCUGUGUAACUACGUGUGCCCCUUUUUUUUUACCUGUAACUCCUAAUUUCCAACUUCAUUUGUACAGAAAAUGAAAACCAAAAGACAAAACAGUGAUAGUAAGUAAGAAGGAGCAUAUAGUUGCAAUCGAAAGUUUACUUUGCAGAAACAGUUUAGACCAGCAAUGUUAAUGAUACUGCAUCGGAUGGCCUGAACAGCACUGAAGACUGGUGCUUUAUUUAAGACCAAUGUGAAAUCAUUUCAAAUAAGAUGUACUCUUACAGGUAAUACCGACUUUCGGGAUUCUGCCAGAAGACUUGCUCAUUUGCAGUCACUUUGCUGUUAGCUGUUCACAGGGCAAAAGAAAAAUGAUGAAAUGUAUUCACAGAAAUGGCAUGACUUGCUUGAACUGGGAAGUCAGGACUCUUCAGUGCCACUGUCCUCUGUGGUGAUUAGAGACCACGGAGUGACACAACUCAGCUGUGAAGCAUUUUUUGAUGCUUUUUAGACAGAUGCUUUUGUCGUUGUGACAUAAAAAGCUGCCAUACUUUUAAAAAUGCAUUUUAAUAUUCUUUUUUAUUACUAUUUUGAAGCACCAGUCAUUUUCAAAGGUCACAUUGUCUAAGAAUGAUUUGUUUCUGUUUUUUUUAAAGCCGGAUAUUACUUCAUUUCUGUACUUUUCAAAAAAAAAAAAAAAGAUUAAUCCUCAGCAGAUAAUGGCAACUCAGAAUAGCUUAUGCAGUCUUGUUUCAUUUUUUAUAAUGCAGUAUUGUUAAACUUGAGUUAGAGAACACUGCUGUACUUGGUUUCCUUAGCCUUUUCUGACCUCAGCUAUUAUUUUGUGAGGAAGACAGACUGAAAGGAUGAUAAUUUCCAGCCUCUUUUUAUAAACAAUUUUACAAACAAUUGGGGAAUUUUUCAGACAGGACUCUAUUUCUGUUUACUAGGAAACCGUGCCUUGCAUUUUAGCCUGUAAAAUUACAAAAAUCUGUUUGUCUUUGUCUCUAUCCAAGACACUCCUGAGGCUCCAUGCAGUAAAUUGCCAAAGCCCUUCAAAAUUUCAAGAUUAGCUUAAAAAUCAGGAGAGAGAACAAAUAAUGAGUUGGGUUCUUUUAAUCUAUCCUCUGUGGGUUUUUUUAAGCCUUCAGAGAGCCUUCAGUCACACUCUCAAGAUUUUUCUCCUCAGCUGUAAGGACUAGAAAAUAACUUUAAUUAAAAAAUUUUAAAUACUACUCAUAGUUUGAGAUAAUCACAAGACGUUAGGGCCAGAAUCUUGGUAAUUACUGAAGAGUCACACUUAAAAAUCACAGAAGUUGGCAACACAGCAGUUACCAAGCAUCAAAUCCUGUUAUUGUCCAGGCCUACAGUUUGCCUAUUACCUCUAGAAGGAACAUAUAUAACUGUUUAAGUGUACACUGCUAUUCCAAGCUCGGAUGGAUGCCGGAGGACGUCCUACAGGAGCAGGUAGUACAAGCAGGCCUGGGAUGGUGGCGCAGAGUUAUCAGAAAGACACGGCGCUUAGCAGCUCCCAAAAAUCAGGCCACGGUGAGUGCUGAGACCCCUUGAAAAGCAGGUCUGUAACGGUCCACCUGUAAGGGCUUUUUCCUGUUUCCAAGUGAAAUUAGUGCCAGGAUCCCAAGGACCUUAACAGAGCAGAAAUGAGGCGCAAAAUUACAAACAGCUCUUUGCUUCCUGGGAGUCUGCUUCGUGCAGCGUGCCUCCAGAACACAAAUACAGUAAGAAGGCAAGUGUCAGCAUGGUUUUCAUUCAAAACAGGAUUUUUAUUUUAUUUUAGGUCAUCUGCUUACUUAUUAACUCUUCAUAAGUGGAGGGCACACUCUACGCUGUAUGACUAUGGACUAAACAGUAUCAAGUAUCCCAUAAAUAUUAGCAGAAGCAAAUUUGAAGCAAAAGUAAGUUCAUUUAGGCUUUUUAUUUCAAAUUAAGUUAUUUAUUUGUAUAUUUCAAUAAAUAUUUAAUUUAUAUCUGUACAUAUUUAUGAUGCAAAUUAGGCAUCUAGUCAACAUUUGCAAUGAUGUAACCGUUGCCAUUAACAAGUGGUCACACAUCAAGUACCGCAGACCCAUCAAAAGCCAGAUUAUUUUGAGGCAGUCUCAUGUACCUAACAUUGGCAUUGUAGCUUCCACCCCUUAUGCCAUUAAAAACGUGUGGAGAGGACAGGGUUUCUUUUUAAUCCACGCUGAAGGGCAACUUCUUCUGGCAGCCGAGGGUGCCUGGCGCACCCCGGGCCAUGCCGCGGCCGCGGGGCUCCCUGCCUGCGCCCACACCGGCCCCGAGCAAGCCGUGAGCGAGUCUCUCUCCUGUCCCUCGAGAACGGGUCACAGUUUGCCUUCCGUGGCACGUCCAUUCGACACAACGGCCGAGGUUUUGUAAGGAAGAAAGCAACAAACUCCCAGAAAUAACCUCGCUGUAGACCACAUUCAGUGCUGUGAAAUACACUCAGUUUUGUUGAAUAGUACUAUUGCUGUACAAUUUUUUUUUAUAAAAAGCAACAGAGCUUGUAUUUUCAAUGUUUUUAGAUUUCAGAAUCACCAGGCAAAGUCAGCAAUAGAGCAGUAUGACUUUUUUUUUUUUAAAGAAAAUUCUUGUAUUUUAAACCAUUGCAUUUCUAUGUCUUUUGAGAUAAUGUUACACUUGUGCUUCCUCAGCAAACUCCUAUUACUGUACCAGGUGCUUUUUAUAUUGUUUUUUUUUUAAUGGGUGGUGCUUUUUUAAAAAACAGAUCAUAAUUUGGGGGGAUCAAAGGGUUUUUUUUUUUUAAUGAGAUGAUUGUGGCAAUUUGAUUUUUCAAAUGGAGAAUACUUUCAUACUAAUUUUCAUUUAAGUCACUUUCAACUUAAUUGGCCCAGGCUGUAUGUUGUAAGAUAAUGUUCUCAUAUUAAGAAUGUAAUUAUUUCCUUAUUGUAUUUUUUAAAAAACAAAAUCAUAUUUAAAAAUCUCUGUGAAAAAAACAUGAAAGAAACAUGAAAAAAGUUCUUUUUUUAUUUUUGUUAUUGGAUAUGUUGGCAGUGCCCAUUAUAAUGGACUGUAAAUAGAGUCUUUCUACUGUAUUUCUCAAUGUAUUUAAGUUUUUUGACACACAUUCAUGGAAACUUCUGUUAAAAAAAAAAAAAAUCCAAAAUAGACCCACCUACAAAUGUGUGUCUUAGCAGCUUCAACUAACUUUCUGCCUUUCUAGUUUAUUCUCCAGAAAGUCUUGCAGAGUGUGAAAAAAAGACUGGCACCUGGUAGGUGCGACAGAUUUGAGAUCAUUAUUAAUAAAGUUACCUGUCAAACAAAGAA